AUGAACGUCUUUCCUGGGGAGUUGGAUCUUCUGUAUUGUAUUUCGGGUCUGUUGUUAAUGGGAGGCUUUACCUCAAAAGAAGCUUCGUUAAGGGGUGGCCUCAACACACUUGCCCACAGUUGCGAACCCUUUACUUUAUUGGAUGAAGUAGAAUCAGCCUCACAAGCGUCCACUUCAAUGAUUUCAAUCUCUUCUGAGUCGUCCUCAUUCUGCUCUUUUGUGAGGUCUAUCACUUCUUUAAACUUCUCGAUAGUAUCAGGAUGCUCAAUAUCAUCCAAAUUUAGUUUUUCCAAAUCAGCCAGAGGGCACCAUUUUGAGUCCUUCAAUCUCCGAUUCGCAGCUUUUAACAAUGUACUUCGUAGAUUCUCACCUGAUGGUUUAGCACCACCCAACCGGCGAGACUCGGCCUUGUAUUUGCCCUUUGAAAGCGCUUCUAGCCGUUUUUCUCUAAUAGUCUUGGGCGUACUCCAUGGGGCCGUGAACCCCGCGCCCAACCUGUUUUCUUCACACACAUAG